AUGGACGAUCGCCGUUCACAACGGACCUUACUGGCCCAGACAGUCAAUGAAAUCGUCAAACUAUUAAUCGAGGCCCAUAAUGAGAAGAAAACGGUCAAUUUGAAUCGACUCAAGUGCUUGGUAAGAAAGAAAAUUUGCGAAAAGAUACCAAUUUUCCUCCUUAGGUUGCCCAGAAAAAUGGGCUGAAUUGCCAGCCAAAGCUAGUCGAUAUCAUUGCCGGCGUUCCGGCCGACUACAAAGACGCUCUUUUGCCAAAACUGAAGGCGAAACCGGUUCGAACGGCUUCCGGUGAGUUGGUGGAGCCGAAAAAUGUUCGAUUCAGUGAUUUUUUUGUUGAAGAAAAUAAAUGAUGGAACACAAAUAAUCCGAAAAAUGUGGAAAAAUGGAAGAAAUUUGUCUUAAUUUCUUUAGAUUUUUUAAUUUUUUUGUCCUCUUUUUGAGUUUUAGGAGCCAAAGCCCCCAUUUUCUCGUUUUUUUAGUAACUCCCCCCGUUCCAACCCAAUGCCAAGCCUAUUUUUUUAUAAGAUCGGACUAGCGCUCCCUGGAUUUUUUUUUACGGUUUUUGCUAUCCCCCCCAUUUUUUUCGUUUUUCUGCCAACUACCCCCCUUUACAUUCCAGGUCCCAUCGAGACUAUCCCUUGUAUGAUUUUGUUGAAGUAUAAAAUUGUGAGAUUAGCUUCUUAGGUGCCAAAAAAACUUGAAUUUUCUCGAGAAUUCCAGGAUUUUGUGCAGUUUUAAGCAAAAUCCUAUUUCAAAAUUUUGCAGAGAGGCUUAAAAACUCAGAAAAUUCAGGUCAUUUUCCCCCUAAAUAGGUAUUUUUCUAGGAAUCGCCGUCGUGGCCGUGAUGAGCAAGCCGCAUCGGUGUCCUCACAUCAAUUUCACCGGAAAUAUUUGUGUUUAUUGCCCCGGAGGCCCGGAUUCCGACUUUGAAUAUUCCACCCAAAGUUAUACGGGCUAUGAACCGACCAGUAUGCGGGCCAUCAGAGCUAGGUUUCUGAAGAAUAUCCCAGAAGAAAUUGAAAAAUUGGGUUUUAGAUACAAUCCAUACCUGCAAACACGCGGCCGAUUGAACCAGUUGGUACAACUUGGACAUUCGGUUGAUAAGGUGAUUUGGGUAGAUUGAUUGGAAAUUAGAAGAUAAUAAUGAUAAUUAAAGCUAGUUUAACUGUUGAUAGAGAGGUUAGGUUAGAUUGAAUUUUUUUGAAAGGUAAAUUGGAAUAUUUUUGGUCCUAAACAACCUGAAAAAGGAGAUUUUCAAAAAAGGCCCUCAAAAACUUUCUAACCCCUUUUCAUGGCUUUAAUUAGGUAAGAUCUUUUUCAAGGAGAUUUUUUUGAAGAUGAGGGAUCUAGAAAUUGAUGAUAAAGAAGGUCUUUCUUCGAGGGUUAGGAACCCUAAAAAGAGUUUUUCGAGGUUCAUUAAAGAUGUCUUGAACUUAUUCUUUGCAGGCUACUUUUGAAAAAUGUUUUUUAAAAUGUUAUAUUAGUUCAUUCAACAAUUUAUGCUCCCAAAGAGGUUAGAUAUUUGUGAAUUUUUUAUUGCUCUAGAGGUGUUUUUAUCUCGAUAUUUCGGACUCAAAUAAAGACCUAGAUUUUUUAGUUGAACCAAAUUUUUGUCCUAACUAGAGAUUUUUGGACAUGAAAAAUGUAUUUUUUUGUAAAAUUCUGUAUGAUUUCUAGGUGGGAAAAAUGGUUGAAAUUUUUUGUUAAUUCAAGCGACAUAUGUUUUUUUCAAGUCUUCUGAGUCAUGCUCCUUUCAAUAAGGAGCUUUAAACAUUUUUUGAUCAAUUGUCUCGAUUGAAUAAAUAAAUAAAUAAAUGGGUAAACAAGUUUUUUUCUCAAUGCUACUCAGAAAAAAAGAAAAAUGAACUUUCAGACUUGAAAAAUUUUUGCCCUGUUUUUUAAUUGACAAAAAUUCUGUUAGAGUUACCCCAUCUAUUCGAAUUAUGCGCCCCCCAUGAAAAAUUAUUUUAAUCAGAAAAUGUUGGCGUCGAGCAUAUUCUUUCAAGUGUUCACAGAUUUGUGCCAUAAUCAACUUGGUUUUAAAUAUCUACUUAUUAUGGUUCUAUGUUUCUUUUCUUACACAAAAACUCUUCACAGGUGUUAGUUAAUCCACCUAGUGGUCUUUUUCCCUCCCUGCAACAUCACCAUACCAUCCCUGAUGUUGCGAAAAAUAAACAAAUUGAAAUUGAAUUGAAUCGAAUUCCGAUUUUUCGCUGAACACUUGCCAUUUUAGGUUGAAUUCAUCGUGAUGGGCGGCACAUUCAUGUCUUUGCCGGACGAUUAUCGCGAUUUUUUCAUCCGAAACCUUCAUGAUGCCCUCAGUGGACACACUUCGGCUAGUGUUGAAGAGGUGAAAAAAUUCAUUAAACGAAAAAAUUAGUGAAUUUUUUUUUGAAAAGGACUUUUUAUGCUGUUCUUGAAUUUUUGUGGUUUUUAGCUGCUCAAAAAUCAAAUUUCUAAGUUUUUUUACGGGAGUGAGGUCUAUUUCUCUAUAUUUUUCACUUUUUCGAGACCGAGUUUUUCUUAAAUAUUCUUACAAUUAUUUUUUCUGUUAAUCACAAAUUAGUUGUGUCUUGCAGCUCACUAUGAAAGUUAAUCAGAUUUUUCUAUCAUGUUCUAUUUUUUUGGCAUCUUUUUUUCCGAGCCUAACUUCGAAAUUCGCUCCAUCCGGCUCUAUUGUCACAGCUUCAAAUUGAAGCCAAAACAAGAAUUCAAAAAUCUCCAGGCGGUGGCCUACUCGGAACGGAGCAAGAUGAAGUGUAUCGGGAUCACGAUCGAAACUCGGCCCGAUUAUUGCCUCCCACGACAUCUCAACGACAUGUUGUUGUAUGGAUGUACGAGGCUGGAAAUCGGAGUCCAGUCGACUUAUGAAGACGUCGCCAGGGACACGAAUCGGGGUCAUACGGUAAGACUGAAGGGAAAAAGGUCAAAUCAGUGAGCUGUGUUUAAAAAAAAUACACGGUUUAACCAAUGGUUAUCAUAUGACGUCAGGAUUGCGGACAUGAUUUUUCGAGCCUCCAACCGUAACCGGGUUACGGUAGGCAGGUCGUUACCUGCGUAUCUAAGAAUUGACGAUUAUUCACUAGGCAAAUUGUGCACCAAUCGAUAGGUACAAUUUUAGGAAUGUUUCAGUACAUAACAUCUUGGUUUACUGUAGAAAUUUUCGAGAUACGGUAUUUUUUGUGUUCGCGAUUUCGGUUUUUAAAAACCAACCAAAAGGCCAAGAGUCUUCCUUUUAGAAAUGUAUCUCGAUAACUCGAGUGUCCUGGCCAACUUUUUAAAUAAAAAUGAAAUGAACCGCUCCAAGUUUACAAAUCGAAAAAUGGUUACAUUCAAAAACGUAUUUUUGGCGAGUUUUUAAAUGUAAAAACGUCAAAAUUUUAAUUUAAAAACUUCAAAAGCAAAAAAUUCACCUGACAGGAGGUCAUUUUACUUUUUGGUUGUGAAUCAGAACACUCCUUGAUGUACCAGAAGAACAUGCUGAAACUCUCAACCUCCACAACUUCCUAGUUUUCCAGAAAUAAAGGUCCAGAGCCUCAAAAUAGCCUAUUUUUCAUAUAUUUUGAGCGUUUUCUUCUGUUCUCGAAAACUAGGAACUUUUUCCGGUUUAUGCUUUCAGAAUCUCCUUCUGGUACAUCAAGGAGCUUUCUAGCCAACUUUCAGGGAAAUUCCAAAAAGAUCCCUCUUGUGAGGAAAUUUGUCCUCAAAACUUUUUUUUUAACGAAAUUCCCAAAUUUUAACGACCACUUUCAUGAGAAGUAGAUCAUAAGAAGUCUGAACUUUUGAUAGACAAGAUUUUUCCAGGUAAAAUCAGUCUGCGAGACGUUCCACAUGGCCAAGGACACCGGAUACAAAGUCGUGAUUCACAUGAUGCCUGAUUUGCCGAAUGUCGGCUGGGAAAGGGAUCAGGAACAGUUCCUGGAACUAUUCAAUGUUAGAAAAAAUCCUGAAAAAGCAAUAAUGAGAAAGAUGAUGAUUAAAGUGCCCCGAUUUCCGUCCGGACGGCUUGAAGCUUUAUCCAACGUUGGUGAUUCGUGGAACUGGAUUGUAUGAACUUUGGAAGACUGGCCGGUAUAAGGUACAAUGGACAAAUUGGUGGGAAGUUAAAUGCGAAAAAAUAGCUUAAAAAAAACACAGAGAAAAUGUGCUCCAUGGGUAAAACUGGUGAGAUUCGAAAUUUAAGGAAUUAGGCUUCAAUUUUUAUAUGGCUCCUUAGGUUUGUUGAGAAUAAUUUCGUUGGUUUUUAUUCUAUUAGAAUAGAAAAAGAAAUUUUUUUAUUCCAUCCGUGGUCGCAUUUAGAAUGGCUCUGAGACGUUAAGCAUCUACUUUUUGUGCUUGCGGAUAGCAUUGCGCGAAAGUUGUUUUGAGUCGGACGCGUCGCAGCCACUUUGUAGUUGAAGCAAACCAUGUGCGACAGAGAGCUUUAAUCUUAGUUACGAAAUUGAUUUUAAGGGGAAAGUGUGCUCUAUGGAUAAAAUCUUCAGAAAAAAAGUUAUCGAUUCGGAACUCGGUAAUGAAAACCGGACACGCUCCGGACAUUUCUAAGCAAAUCUAGGGAUCACUCAAGCGCUAACUGACGUUUUUAAAGUACGACAAGUCCGACUCGCGUCACCAAAAGUCCGAGAAAUUCAAUAAUUUAUAACCCAUUUUUUUUUUUCGGUUCUAUGGAGCAGAUUUUCUCGACCAGCUGAAUCUCAUCUGAUUAACUUUUUCUCUUAAGAGCUACCCGCCCUCGAACCUUGUCGAUCUGAUUGCAACCAUCCUUUCUUUGGUCCCUCCUUGGACCCGUGUCUACCGAGUUCAGCGUGAUAUUCCCAUGCCGCUGGUUUCUUCUGGUGCCUUUUUCUGAUUUUUGAAAAUUAUUUUGGAUCUUUAAAAGAUAGCAAAGUUUCAAUUUGAAAGGGAGUUUUUAUCAAGUUUUUGAGUUUUUGUACGGCGGAUUUUUCUGAAAAAUUGAUUGAAAAUAAUCGCUCAAUAAACUUUUCAGAUUCUUAAAUAGCUUGAAGUCAGAGAGUUCUUGUCUUGAAAUGUUUUGAGUCAGCAUUUUUUUGUUUGAAUACAGUAUUCUCACUUUAAUUUUCAACUCAGAAAUGACAUUUUUGGAGUCUUCACGUAUCAAAAAAAUAUCAUGAAAAAUGAGUGCAAUAAUUGAUUUAUCCAAUGGAAAGUGGGCAAUCGAAACCUCUUGAUUUUUGUUGAUUUUUUUUUUAUCCUCGUAACUCUUUCGUUCAGGCGUUGAACACGGAAAUUUGCGUGAACACGCCUUGGCCAGAAUGAAAGAGCUUGGACUGAAGUGUAGAGAUGUCAGGACGAGAGAAGUCGGGAUCCAGGUUCGACAAAGCCUUUUUGGCUGAGAAAGAUCAGUUUUUUCAGGAAAUCCACAACAAAAUUCGCCCAGAUGAUGUCGAGUUGAUAAGAAGGGAUUACGUUGCAAACGGCGGCUGGGAAACUUUCAUUUCUUAUGAAGAUCCUCAGCAGGUACUGGGAAACAUAGGAAACAGGAAUCUACUGAAAAAAAAAAUUCAAAUAAUGUCAAGUAAAUAUUGGGGAACAUACAUCGGCUGGAUCCUAUCCCAGCCUUUUGCGCGCGAAAAAUCGGAAAUGUACUGAAAUAGACAGCACUUUUUUUGGGAGGGGCUAGGCCGCACGGGUAGGGCCGUUUUUUGGGGGGGAGGGGUUGGUCGUUUUUUUGCACCACGGGGUGGGAUCCAGCCGACGUAUGUUGGAGAGUUCAUAUUUUUCAGAAAGAAUGAUAUUUUCAGGAUAUCCUGAUUGGACUCCUUCGGUUGAGGAAGAUUUCCGAUAAAGCGCAUCGGCCUGAACUUCUUGGUUUUCAUCCCUUUUAAAACCAGAAAAAAUGAGAAAAUUUAAGGGCGAUGUCUCAGUUGUGAGAGAACUGCACGUUUACGGAGCCGUUGUUUCGGUGUCCGACAGGGAUCCGAGGAAAUUCCAGCAUCAGGUAGAAUAUUCGAAUAGCUUGGGAACUCUAUAUGAAAAGACUCGAAAAAAUUGGAAAUAUCCCUUUUUUAUUGUAAAAAUUGAAAUUUUGAGUUUCAGCAGCUUUGAUGCCUCUAGCGAAGUUAAAAACCUGAUAAUGGAUUUGAUAUUUUUUUCAAAACUUUGGCAGAGAAUAAUUUCAAAAAAAUAAUUUAUUCAUCCGCGAAGGAGUUGAUUAAUAGUCCCUUUACUAGUCACUUAAAAAAAUUUUGAGGUUUUUUAUCUGGACUUAUUAUUCUUGUCCCGAAGCUUGUCUAAACGCCUAUGUGAUGUAUGAAUUUUUUUGAUUCGAGAAAAUGCGCUCCAGUUUACAAGGUCUCUGAUUUGCGGACCGCGGUUGUAGUUUCAGCCUUUUUAGCCAAUCGCGAAUAUUAAAUUAAAAGCUCAAAUCUAUACACGAAUAGUCCAUUCAUGGAUCUCGUACUUUGAAAAGGGAAAUGGGUUUUAUUGGUUGGCCACGCCCACUUUUGACUUUUUAAGCUUUAACUUGCAUAUAUGGAUUAUUCAUUACGCAAUUUUGAAAUUCGAGAAGAAGUCUUCCUUUUGUCCCUUUUAAGGCGAAAAUAAAAGUUUUUUUCUUUUUCAUCCGCUUUAAGCUGAAGAGAGUUAAGAGCUGGAUACAAGUCUCCAAAACAGACUUUAGGGUUACGGACAGCUUUUGAUGGAAGAAGCUGAGCGGAUAGCCAGGGAGGAACACGGUUCCAGCAAGAUUGCAGUCAUUUCCGGCGUCGGAACGAGGGAUUAUUAUAGGUUUUGGGGAUCUUCAGAUCUAAAUAUAUUUUGGAAACUUCUGUAGGAAACUGGGAUACGAGCUCGACGGCCCAUACAUGAGCAAGUCGUUGAUAUCUACCGAAGCUUGA